AUGCCGUUCCAGCAGGACCCGCACAAGCUCUUGAUGAUUCCCGGCCCUAUUGAGGUCGCGGACGACGUCCUCUACGCGAAUGCGCACCCAUCCAUGGCGCACACUUCGCCUGAGUUUGUGCCUGUGUUUGGCGAGGCGCUCAAGAUGCUGCGUACCGUGGUCGAUGGCCCGACGGCGCAGCCGAUCGUCAUUGCCGGUUCGGGCACGCUUGGCUGGGACAUGGCCUCCACGAACCUGCUCGAGGCUGGCGACGAGGUGCUUGUCUUGACGACUGGCUAUUUUGGCGAUAGCUUCGCCGAGUGUCUCGCUACCUACGGCGCGAAGCCGACGCAGCUGACCGCGCCCGUCGGUGCUCCCUCGUCGCUGGACGAGGUCGCGCAGGCGCUCCGUGAGAAGAAGUACAAGGCGAUCACCAUCACGCAUGUGGACACGUCGACCGGUGUGCUGAACGACGCCGAGGGCAUCUCGCGCGUCGUGAAGGAGGUCAGUCCCGAGACCCUGGUCAUCCUCGACGGCGUCUGCAGCGUCGCCUCGGAGGAAAUCCACAUGGAUGCGUGGGGCAUUGACUACCUGCUCUUUGCGUCGCAGAAGGGUCUUGGCUGCCCGCCGGGCCUCUCGCUCUCGCUUGCGAGCGAGCGCGCGAUCCGCACGUUUGAGGCGCGCAAGACGCCGCCCGCCAUCUUCUUCGGCUCGUGGAAGAAGUGGCUUCCUAUCAUGAAGGCGUACGAGUCGGGCAGCGUGGCGUACUUUGCGACGCCCCCGGUCCAGCUCAUCUAUGCGCUGCACACGUCGCUGAAGACCAUCACGUCGGGCACCGUGUCGCUGGCCGACCGCCUCCAGCGCCAUAGGGACGUGUCGAAGCAGGUCAAGGACGGCAUUGUCGCGCUGGGCCUCGAGCAGCUCGCCGUGCCGGAGGCGCGCGAGACGGGCGUCGCGAACGGUAUGACAGCGGUACGCUACCCGCCGGGCAUGGGCGCCGCGGACAUUCUGCCCAAGAUGGCGCAGCGGGGCGUCGUGUUCGGUGCGGGUCUGCACAAGUCUUGCAAGGACGAGUACUUCCGCAUUGGCCACAUGGGCGUCUCGGUCGUCAACAAGGAGCGCGGCGACAUUGAGACGCUGCUGCAGCAUCUCGGUGAGGUGCUCAAGGAGAACGGAUUCUCGAAGUAG